CAUACUGUGGAAUUACGAGUCUACUACAUGCAUGCCCUAACAACUCAAAAGGCAGUUUGCGAAAGAUAAAUAUCAUUUCGAGACAAGAUAUCCAAUGCUUACAUUAUUUUGAAGUGUAGGGGAUAUGGUACAAAACCGUGACUGUAAACUCUAGUGUGUACAGUACUUGAGGUUUGCCUGGAAGGCACUUACGUCUGCAUGGUCUUUAAGGGAGAGGAAAGACGACUAGCCACACAUUCGCUGAUCAACGAGCAACAUACAACCGAUUAUCGAACGCAGUAUUUGCCGAUGAUAACUAAAAGAGAAGUUUAGUUUUUUUUGUGUGUGUGAUUUGUAAUUUAGUGAAGUGGACAGUGUGAUAAUUGAUCGACAUGGAAGAACCGUCUUAUACUCCACAUUUAAAAAAAGUUUUAAAGAGUUAUCAGGCCGCUGCGCCGGCUAGCUUACAAGGACCUGAUACUUUCAUGGCUACGUGGGAUACUGCAGGGACAGCGGAAAAAAACCGAUGUACGGUUACACAUCCCAAGUUAGAUAUUUCGGGAAAUAGCUCACCAUCUGUUUCUCCUGUUGUAAAAUCUGUACCAAAUGAAUCGUCUGAAUCUUAUUAUGAACCUUUUCUGAUGCCUCCCCCUUUCCCCAUUCAGCUACCUCCAAUUUUUACACCACCGGAUCGCAGCCGCUGCGAAAGAUCUGAAACCAUCUUGGAAGGAGAAAACAUUUCAUGUUUCAAUGUGGGUGGUGAAAAUCGACUCUGUCUACCGCAGAUAUUGAACACUGUUCUCAAGGAUUUCAGUUUACAACAGAUCAACAGUGUUUGUGACGAACUUCAUAUUUUCUGUUCUCGUUGCACUCCAGAACAACUAGAGAUUCUGAAAGUUACAGGCGUUUUGCCCCUUAAUGCGCCUAGCUGUGGCCUCAUCACAAAAACGGACGCUGAAAGACUAUGUUCAACUUUGCGAUACGCAGUUUUACCACAAGCAGAGAGUGGUGUUCGGGAAAAGCAUUUGCUUAAAUUCCGAAUUGUACACCGAUGUUUCGGAAAGUGCGCGGGGGUGCUUGUCCCUGACCUUUACACCACUCCUUCAGCUAGGUGCAUUGAAUGCACGGAGUGCCACGGGGUUAUGAGCCCCGAGAUCUUUGUUUGCCACGCACAUCAUGCAAAAGAAAAUCGCACGUGCCACUGGGGGUUCGAUUCUUCUAAUUGGCGGGCUUAUGUAACGAUAGCCAAGGACGAAGAAAACAGAGAGAAACUAACACAACAUCUGGAAGACGUUAAAGCCAGAUUUGAGCACACGCACAACCGGAAGAGGAAACAACCGGUCCAGGGGCUUUGACCAAAGCCAUAAAUCCACAGA